AUGGCUGCAGUCGAUGUCGCUUCCUCUCCUCUUCUUGCGCUGAAUAGCCAGAGUCAUGUGCUCGUUGGCAACGAAUACGCGGAGGUGGCGACCAUCGAGCAACUGCCACGCGGGACAGCACUUCACGCUGCACGCACAGCAUUGAUCAAGGAAUCGGCAGCUCGAGCGGCUCCGUCGUCCAAGCAAUCCACUGGGAAUGGAAUCGAGGUGAAGCUCCCACUGCGUAAAGCUCCAAGUGCUGCGGACCUCGCUAGACGUGCAGCUCGGCGUGUCAACGUCUGGAAAAAGUCUGAGCAAGAGCGUCGUGGUGAAGAAGAACGCGCUCGACAAGUCAAGCACGAGCAAGAGAAGAAGCGCCAGAACCACGUAGCCCACGCCAAGCAAAGACGCCGAGCGGAGAUCUACGCUCUCAACGCGCUCUUGCGGCAACUCCAGCAGGAGAAAGUCGCAAAAUAUAUCGCCGCCCAGAAAGAACUCCAGGAAUUGCAACAGCAGCAGCAACAAGAUCGCUGCAAGGACGGUGAAAACCUCACGGAAACGACAGCAGCUUUAUCGCAAGUUCGAGCUGUUGGCGUUUAG